AUGAAGUGCUCACUUGUGCUCCUCCUCAUCUUCGCUCUUAGCGUCCAGGUUAAUUGCUUGAUUUCUGCUUCCGCCAAUCCGUUGAUUUUGAAUCGCGUGAUCAACGGUCACCCUGGGACUCCUGGAUCGGCUCCUUAUCACGCUCACAUUCUUAUUAGACAGAAUCAGGAUGAUGGAGCGCGUGUCGGCAGCGGAUGCCUCAUCUCCAUGACUCACGUUCUCACCACUGCUCAGAAUGUGCGAACCUUCAGCCACUGGGAAAUCGGAGUAGGAAAUGUAGAACGUGAUCGUCUAGAAUGGCGCGAAGCCACUCAAGCUCUCGCCCAUCCGCUGUUCGAUCACAACACGCUGAACAACAACAUCGCCAUCAUCACUGUGAUGCAACCUUUCAUUGCUGGUUUCUUUGUAGAGGCCAUUUCUAUGCCCUUACCAACUGAUAUUCAAGUGCCAUUUCCAAAUGCUCACUGUCGCUUCGAUGGCUUCGGCUUCACCGGCCCCACCGGUCCUUUCUCCGACCAGCUCCUCAUGGGUAUCAAGCACGUUACCACUGACCAGGUCUGCGCCCAGACUUACCCACAUAUUGCCCAUUCCCUCGUCAACAACUUCUGCGCCCAGGGCUUACAGUUUGAGAGUACUUUUUGCCAGGGUGAUCAGGGCACAGCUCUCGUCAGCAUGGUGCGAUUUCGACUCGUUGUCGUCGGCUUGGCAUCAUUCACCGAUGGCAGAUGUCAGGGCAACAUUCCAGGAGUCUUCGUGCGCGUGACUGCCUACAGGAAUUGGAUUCAGCAGAACACUGGAUUGUAA